AUGGGUGACGCUGGCCAACGGUUGGAAUCGAUUCUCCAGCACUUGACGCUUCCUGAGACGAUCUCACUACUUUCUGGGAAAGAUGCGUGGCAUACGGCAUCUAUCCCUCAUCAAGGCAUUCCAUCCAUCCGGGUUAGUAUCGUCGUCUUGAUUGAUAACCAAGUUCCGUUUGCUGAGGGGCUGGUACCCAUAAACAGCUUUCAGAUGGUCCCAGCGGAACGCCGCACCUUCCAAGCGACAUCAACGACAUGCUUCCCUUGUCCAAUCGCGCUAGCUGCAACAUGGGAUGUCAAUCUAGUGAAGGAGAUUGGGACCCAGAUGGCAGGGCAAGCCAAAGCACAAGGCGUACAUGUGAUACUCACUCCCACAAUCAACAUCCAGCGAUCUCCGCUGGGAGGGAGGAACUUCGAGUCUUUCUCUGAGGAUCCAGUGCUCAGCGGCACUCUGGCCUCCAGCCUCGUCAAUGGCAUUCAACAUGAAGGCAUUGCAGCAACCGUCAAGCACUUUGUGUGCAAUGAUCAAGAAACCAAUCGGACCAAGAUUGAUGUUAUCGUCGAGGAAAGAGCCUUGAGAGAGAUCUAUCUGAAGCCAUUUCAGAUAGUAAUCAGGAAUGCACAGCCUUGGUCUAUCAUGGCGUCGUACAACCGCGUGAACGGUCUCCAUGUCAGCGAACAUCCUCGUCUCCUCAACCAGAUCCUCAGAAAAGAAUGGGACUGGGACGGAACUAUCAUGUCUGAUUGGUUUGCAACCUAUUCAACCAGUGAGGCGUUGAAAGCCGGUCUUGACCUCGAAAUGCCGGGUAAGACGGAAUGGCGUGGCAAGCUCGUCUUGAGAUUGUUGCAUGCCGGCAAAAUCGAACCUCCGGUCCUUCUAGAGAGAGCACGAAAUGUCCUCAAUCUGGUUGAAAAAACCCGGGCAUCAGGUGUUCCGGAGGACGCCGAAGAGCGGGAGCACAAUACUCCCGAAGUCCGAGAAGCAAAUCGCAAAGCUGCGACGGAAUCAGUAGUUUUGCUGAAGAAUGCAACACAGCUUUUGCCUCUCAAGACGCCAGGUCGUGUGGCGGUCAUUGGACCCAAUGCCACCGAAGAUCUGUACUGUGGAGGUGGAAGCUCAAUGGUAUUCCCUUACUACUAUGUCUCCGCAUAUGACGGCAUCAAGCAAGCUCUGGCAGAGCAUAGUCCAUCCAGUGAGCUUGCGUUUGCUCAGGGUUGCUACAAGCACACACUGCUCCCGCUUUUGAUCACGGAGUCGGCUCCUGGGCAGAAGGGUCUAGAUCUGGAGUUCUAUGAUCGAGACUUUACCCAAGAACCAGAUGCUCAGAAAGUGGCAGAAACUCAUUCACUCACCUGGAGACUUGUGUUUCUGGGCAGUCUGCCCAAGGCAGCUCUUCCCGUGGUAUAUGGGCGUCUGAGAGGGACGUACACGGCACCAGUCGACGGAGAUUUCGAGUUUGGUGUUGUCACGACUGGCAAAGCCAAGAUCUACAUUGAUGGAGAACUCCUUGUGGACAAUUGGACUAAGCAAGAAAGAGGACCCUUUUUAUUUGGCCUCGGCACCAAGGAAGUUCGCGGAGUCAAGAAGAUGACAGCAGGUCGCCAGUACGAGAUCCUGACAGAGUACUCUAACCGCAGCAGCCUGCCCGACAGGACUGGAACCGAUCUAGGCGGCGGCAUUCUGCGAGUAGGGGUUUGCCGAAUCGUCAGCCCUGAGAAUCUUCUUAAUGACGCUCUUGAAGCUGCGGCCUUGGCUGAUACCGUGAUUUGUGUCGUCGGAACAGAUCAGGAACACGAAAGUGAAGGAUGGGAUCGAAAGGAUAUGAAACUUCCCGGAACACAAGAUCAGCUCGUCGAAGCAGUGUUGAAGGGGAACCCCCGGACUGUAAUUGUGAAUAUCUCUGGCAGUCCAGUUGAGAUGCCCUGGAUUGACGAGGCUUCCACCGUCGUUCACGGAUGGUUUAUGGGUAGUGAGCUGGGCAAUGCCUUGGCAGAUGUUCUCUUUGGCAAGGUAUCCCCUAGUGGCAAGCUACCUAUAACCUUCCCCCGGCGGCUGGAGCAAAACCCAUCAUACGGCAACUUCCCAGGAGAAAACGGCCGGGUGAGGUAUGCUGAAGGCAUAUUGGUUGGAUACAGACAUUACUCAACACGACAUGUCCCCUCUCUGUUUCCUUUCGGCCACGGUCUAUCAUUCACGGAAUUCCAGUACAGCGAGCUCCUUUUGAAUGGCGACAACACGCUGGAACCCGAGGGAGCCGUGUCGGUGUCUUUCACGCUCAAGAACACUGGAAGCUAUGCCGGGCACGAGACCGUGCAGCUGUAUGUGUCCGCUCUUAACAGCUCGGUGUUUCGCCCGCUCCUGGAAUUGCAGGGCUUUCAGAAGAUUCGAGACGUGCAACCUGGAGAGAGUCGAAAGGUGACAUUCACAAUUGACAAGUACGCGGUGGCAUGUUAUGACGAGGAAUCGGAGAAAUGGAUGGCAGAGGCUGGCAAAUACCGUGUUUCUGUUGGAGCUUCUGUAGAGGACUUGAGGCUUGCCACUUUCAUUCAGGUGCCGACCACCUUUCGCUGGUCAGGGCUGUAG